AUGGGGGCUUUGUACCUAUAUCUGUUCAAUGGCUGGUCUUUUACUACUAAUAAUAUGUGUCAUCCUGGUGGUAGAGUUGUUCUAGCUUGGAAUCCUGGGGAGUUCCAAGUUAAUCCUGUUUCCUGCUCCAGUCAAAUGAUUCACUGUGAGAUUGGGCAUGAAAGAGAGGCACUUUGGAAGGAUAUUUGCAGCUUGGCUGGUAGGAUCAAGGGACCCUGGGUGCUCAAGGGGGACUUUAAUUGUGUUUUAAACACUGAUGAGAGAGUUGGCAGUGAUGUGAGAUUCAGUGAGUUGCAGGAUUUCCAUAACUGUGUAAAUAGAUGUGGCUUGGAGGAUGUGAAAUCUAGUGGGAAUUUUUUCACUUGGAACAAUAAGCAACAAGGGGAUCAUAGGGUGUUUUGUAAGCUAGACAGAGUGAUGACAAGUCAAUUGUGGCAAAAUAAGUAUCCUAACACAGAAGUGUGCUUCAAGAAUGAAGGGUACUUUGAUCAUUGCCCUGGGAUCAUCUUAAUGUAUCCUCAGUUCGUAGUGGGGAAGAAACCCUUCAAGUUCUUUCCAAUGUGGCAAGAUACUCCUAAUUAUAGGAACCUUAUUGUCCAAGCAUGGCAAGAACAUCAGCAAGGAACCAAAAUUUACCAAGUUGUACAGAGACUCAAGAGAGUGAGAGUUGUUUUAAAACAGCUUAACAAAGAGGGUUAUGGUGAUAUUGAAGUUAAGGAAGUGAAAGCUUCUCAAAACUUGCAGAAAAUCCAAAGUGAGCUUCAUCUUAAUCCUGCUGAUGUGUCUUUGGAUGAUGCAGAAAAAGUGGCUCAGCAGGAGUUCUUGGUUGCUCACAGUGCUUUAUUGAGUUUUCUUUCUCAAAAAAGCCAAGUAAAACUGGAUCAAAGGUGGAGAUGA